AGGAGGGACAGGAAUCGAGGAAGGGGAGGAGGAGGAGAGACAGCGGCGGACGAGCGGAGCAGUGAGGCGGACAGGCGCGUCGUGUUCCCCGUGUGGCGGUGCUGGACUCAUGUGGAAGAGGUAGAAGGGCGACUGAGAAAAGCAGCGAGCUCGCCUUCACCCCGAAACGGAUUUUAUUUAUUGUCUCCCCGCAAAAAUGUGUACUCCGUGUUGUAUCUCGCAGCUGGCCUGCUGCUGCGGCUCAGCGGCGUGCUCGUGCUGCUGUAACUGCUGCCCCAAGAUCAAACAGUCCACUGGGACCCGAGUCAUGUACGCCCUCUAUUUCCUGCUGGUCACCAUCAUCUGUGUCAUCAUGAUGUCCCCCACUGUGGAGCAGGAGUUGAGAGACCAUAUCCCCUUCUACAGCGAGCUGUGUGAGAAGAUGAAUGCAGGGGAGAACUGCAAAACUCUGGUUGGCUACUCUGCUGUCUACAAGGUGUGCUUCGGCAUGUCCUGCUUCUUCUUCUUCUUCUGUAUCCUCACCAUACGAGUCAACAACAGCACAGGCUGGAGGGCGGCUGUGCAUAACGGGUUCUGGUUGCUGAAGUUUAUUGCACUGGCCGCCUGCUGCGCUGGAGGCUUCUUUCUCCCAGAAGAACAAAUCUUUCUGGAAGUGUGGCGCUACGUAGGAGCCGCCUGCGGGUUCGUUUUCCUGCUGAUCCAACUCAUGCUCUUGGUGGAGUUUGCACACAGAUGGAACACAAACUGGAGUUCAGGAGCUAAGUAUAACCGCCUUUGGUACGCAGCUUUGGCCUUCGUGACUCUGGUGCUGUUCAGUGCCGCCGUCGGAGCCGUAGUCUUCAUGGGUGUGUUCUACACCGACCCAGAGGCCUGUUUACUUAACAAGAUCUUCCUUGGCAUCAACGGCAGCCUGUGCCUCAUUGUCUCCCUGUUGGCCAUCUCCCCAUGCAUACAGAAAUUGCAGCCCACAUCAGGCCUGCUGCAGCCAGGAGUCAUCAGUGUGUACGUCAUGUACCUCACCUUCUCAGCCUUCACCAGCAAACCAAAAGAAAUGGUGGAGAGGGAUGGUGUGAACACAACGGUCUGUGUAUUUCCCCUCAACUCUGGGACCGAGGGCGACAAGAAAAUUGUCACCGCUUUUGGAACCGUUAUCCUGUUUGGCUGCGUCCUUUACUCUUGCUUGACGUCCACCACCAGGCGAAGCUCUGCAGCGCUCCGAGUGUGUAGGAACAGCGAACCAUCGACUGAGAGAGCUCGCUGCUGUUUCUGUUUUGGAGAUGACACAGAGGACUACGAUGAGGAGAAGACCGGCUCUGGCCAGAACGUGCUGUAUGAUGAGAGAGAGGCGACCAUCUACAGCUACGCUUACUUCCAUUUUGUCUUCUUCCUGGGGUCCCUCUAUGUCAUGAUGACCGUCACCAACUGGUUCCAUUAUGAUAACCAUAAGAUUGAGAAAUUGUUGGACGGGAGCUGGUCAGUGUUCUGGAUCAAGAUGGCCUCCUGCUGGGUCUGUCUCUUCCUCUACAUGUGGACCCUCAUCGCUCCCAUGGUGUGCCCAAAGCGCUUCGAGGCCUAGGCCGCACAUCACUAAGCUGGAGUCAGGCUUCUCUGAUUCUUGGCAUGUGGCCAGGCAGAAGCUCUCACACUGAGCCAAGGGACCACCACAAGCCCCUUUUUACCUUGAAACACAACCCAUAACUACCCUCAGCAUUCGAAAUUGGAGGAUAAUCUAUUGCCUUUUUUGUUUGUAUGCUAGUGUUUCUUUUACUUUGAUUUACAAUGUUAAGAUGUUAAUACCUUGAUGGUGAAUUUUGUUUUACUUUUUUAUCUUUUACUACCAAUUACUCCUGGAGUUUUGUUUUACUUACAGGUCUGUAAAGAAUCAUCGGACUUGAGUUACAUCGUGAAACACGUGAAGCAUCCAGCCCCUAUAGAUUCCUUGAUCAUUUCAGAUUUUAAAGUAUGUUUUUGUAAGCAUAUCUUGUGGGUGUCCGUUCUCGCUUUUACUCUCAGCCACGCAUUUCAGUUCUGUACAGUUGGACCAUAAAGUUGUAGCAAAGUUUAGGGACAAAUUUAUUUCAGGUUAGAGAUGUUACAAGAGAAAAUGUAUUUAUUUAAGGGUGUCUUAAGUAAUCACAAAUCAUUUGUGUAGGAAUGUUGUGUAAAUUAGAUUUGUCCCUGACUCUGUUUAAAAACUCAUCUCUCAGGCUCAAAUGUAAGCAGUGUAUGUUUAUGCUUUGUUACGUUGCGCCCCUUUUGUAGAAGUUUUCUAUGCAACAGAACAAGCUCUUUUCGAUAUUAAAAACACCCAGUGUUGUGACGUUUUCACUUAGAUCACAGGGAUAAUGUUUCAGAUUGUAUUAAAUGUCAGCGCUCCCUUUGAGCCAGCUCUUUUCUUAGGAAAAUCCAUGUCAUCUGUACAGCAUUUCCAGUCAUCUUCAUUGUUGUACAGGGCAGCGCUCUUCAAAUCAACCUGCCUUACGUAACAGUGACAUUAAUGGAGUGCCGCCUCUCUGGAAGAGCAGCAGUGACAUAGAUGAGUAACAUUUGCCAAAGGUAGAUGUCAGAAAACAACAAGCUAUCAGAUUUUUUGGUUGGUUACAAAGAAAAAUAUAACUGAGAACAUUAUGUAUUUGCAUGCACAGAUGCUUAAAUCAGCUGUUUUCUGUACAGUUAUCAAGGCUUUUGCCUUGUCUUUGUUCAUGUGUCAGCUCAUAAUGGUAGUCAGAAUAAGGUAGCAUGAGUGCUUAUUAUUAGUGAGUUAUUCAACACUGGAUGUUGAAUUUACUGCCGAAUUAAACUUCACAUAAAGACCUUUGCCUGUUUGUUACCUGUGUAACAGAUUUUUGUUUUUUUGUAUAGAAAUACAAAAUCUUGCACAUUGUCAACUGCAAGGUCUUUAUUUUUCUCAUUCACCAUCAAUACAUUUGUACGUUCUCUGAUUGUAUUCCUAACAUGUUUUACCAUAACUUAAAUUUCUGUCUUGGACCCAUUACCUUUAUGCACCUGCAAGUUUUGUCUGUAUUUUAACAGUCAGGAUGAAUUUAGAAAUCAAAUGGUGCUCUGCAUCCUGGGUACCAAGCAACAAAGGAAUCCUAAAUCAGAUUGCAGGACCCACUGUGAAGGCUGUGUACUACCAUAACCUCCAGGAACAUUUCGUAGUCUGAAAAACAGCGAUGUGGGUGCUGACAUUGUUCAAACUCCUUUAAUAAAAAAUCCAUUAAACAUCA